AACCCAGAAAUCAAAACGAACGAUUCGUUUACGUGGUUAAUUCGAAGUUGGGAGCUAACUGGCAUGAAGCUAUUGCGUCCGUAUAAAUUCUUAAAUCUGUUACACAUGGUUUUCAGCUGGUUUGUGCUCUCACUAAGUCCGAUAUCGUUUGGUGUUGGUAUAUUAAAUACCAUGGACAAUUCAUCGAUGACUGCAACACUGACCAAUUUCCAAGCAUCGCUUAAUGUUCUAUUAUUACCAUUCAGGGCGCUAGUAAUUGCCAUAAACUUUAAGCGUUUGCGUAGUGUCGAAGAGAUUUUCGAAAAUUUGGAUAAAUUUUAUGUAAGAGAAGAGGAACGCUUGGAAAUCAAAGAUUGCGAAAAGGCUUGCAGAAGUCUAUUUUUUACAUACUCUAUUUUCUAUGCCAUGUACGGCGCAAUCAGUUGGUUAGUUUCGUUCUUUGCGCUCAACCAAGAAACAUAUUGGCUUCCUUUUAUCGAUUGGAUACCGUAUCAGCCCCUACGACACGGUUUACACUUUAUUUUCGAAGUGGUUAUUAUACAUUUCUUACUGCAAACCAAUGUGACGAGUGAUACCUUUCCGGCGACUUAUAUACGUGCCUUACGCACCCACAUUAAGCUGUUGACGGGCCGCGUCAGUCGUUUAGGCACAAACUCCGACUUUAAUGACGAGCAGAAUUUUCGGGAAUUAGUCGCUUGUAUAGCAUCACAUCAGCAGAUAUUGCAGGUGGCGGACAUCGUUGGUUCGAUUCUCUCGCUGACCAUUUUUCUGCAACUCACAAUCGCCGCGGCCAUUUUAUGCGUUUGCAUGCUUAACAUAUUCAUAUUCGCCGAUCCGAUUCACAAGGUUAUCACGAUUGUAUACUAUCUGGUUGUUUUGAUGCAAACUGUACCCAGCUGCUAUCAGGCAUCAAUGCUCGAGGCGGAUUGCGCUAAGUUGCCGGACGCGAUCUUUCAUUGCAAUUGGCCGCAUUUAGAUAAACGCUUUCGCAAGCUCAUCAUCUAUUUCCUGCAUCACGCACAGACGGAAAUAACUUUCACUGGAAUUAAACUAUUUAGAAUCAAUUUGAGCACCAAUUUAUCGAUUGCCAAAUUCUCGUUUACACUGUACACAUUCAUAAAUGAUAUGGGAUUUGGGGAGAAAUUGAAGGAACGCUUCGAAUAGUUAUUACCGGAUAGUUGAAUUCACAAUGUUUGCUGUCACUGAUUGAAUAUAUUAACUAAUAUUAUUGCACUUAAAUGCAACACUUAAGUAGCUCCAAUAAAAUAGAUCUAGAAAAUGCAUAUGUAUAUGUAUUUAUUUUUUAAUGUGUAGUGGCCUUUAAAGCAAUGUUUUUAAACUAUAGACCUCCGACAAUCUUGGGUAGUCCAAAAAGUCUUUUCGUAUUUUAUCAAUAGAUGUCGUUGCAGUCGUAUAUCUGUGGCAACCUAAUUUAAAUAUACGAGCCUUCUGGCAACAUUUUUUGAUGUAAGAAAAUCGAACAGAACUAUUUCAAGCAUUCUGAUGAAAUAAAGAAACAGAAAAGAAGCCAAAUAUUUCGUUAAGCGUUUUUCUUGGAAAUUAAGAUAAUAAAUAGAAAAAACACAGAAGUGUGGACUCGAGCACCACAUAAUUGGUGACCCCAACUUGUAUACAUCAAUUACAAUCAGCAUAUUCUUGCAUCGCGAUGCCACUACUGAAUUCACCUAACAAAGAUGAAGGCACACCGAAAUCGGACGCAACCUGGUCAGCACAGCAAACACAGGCAGAAGCGGGCACUAGAGA